AUGGCUAGCUACCAGGAGGCGCGCUGCAUUACACCAGAGCAGCGAAGCCCCUUGGAUGUGUCGGGGCAUUUCCUUUUGGCUUGGGGCCCGCGAGAGUCUGACGCAACGGCGCUCGAAUUCAUUCGGACCGCGGCUGAAGCUGGCGACCCCGAGGGGCAAUUCCAACUGGGACAUUGCUACUACUGUGGUUGUGGGGGGGCAGCUGAAGACCGGGAAACGGCGGUGACUCUUCUCCAGCAGGCUGCACAGCGGGGAUACUCUCCCGCUGAAGUGAGCCUGGGGGUUUGCUACCAGACCGGAGGGGGGGUCCCGAGAGACUUAUGCGAAGCCGUGCGGCUGUUUGAUAGUGCAGCAAAGAAAGGCGAUGCUGCGGGGCAAGUCGCGCUGGGGGGGUGUUACUUUCACGGCAGCGGUGUCGAACAAGAUGAGGCGCACGCGGCGCAGCUGUUUCAGAGGGCGGCCGACGAGGGGGAUCCCUCGGCGCAGGCGUGCCUCGGGUCUUGCUAUCAACUGGGAAGGGGCGUGCAGCGCAACCUGCAAAAGGCGCUCUGUCUAUACCGCGCGGCGGUGCAACAGGGAAGCGCUGCCGCACAGGUGAAUCUUGGGCUGUGCUAUCAAAGGGGCCUCGGGACGCCCAAGGACCUCUCGCGCGCGGCUGCAUUAUUCGAGGACGCCGCAAAGCAGGGCCACCCCGCGGCGCUCGUCAAUCUGGGGGUGUGCCUUUUGCUCGGGCGGGGGCAGACAAAUGACCCCCCCAGAGCGGUCGAGUUGUUCCGGGGGGCCGCAGGGAAGGGCUAUGCAUUGGGUCUGUUCAAUCUGGGGUUGUGUUACUCGCGGGGGUUAGGCGUGGAAAAGGAUAUGAGGAUUGCGGCGGAGUUGUACAGGCAGGCUGCGGAGAGGGAUCAUCCGGGCGCGCAGCUUAGCUUGGGGGUGUGCUUCCACCGGGGAGAGGGGGUCGAGAAAGACGUGGUGCGCGCAGCCAUGCUCUAUGCUGCAGCGGCAGCUCACGGGCAGGCAACCGCACAGGCCACGACACUAAGAAGGUCAGCCUCGGGCUCUGCUUUCAGCGCGGGGACGGCGUCGCGCAAAACCUGGGGCGCCGAAAUGUACCGCCAGGCCGCGGAGCAAAAUCACCCGACCGCGCUUCUGGGCCUGGGGCUCUGCUACCAAAGCGGGCGGGGCGUCGGCCAAGACUACGGCCAGGCAAUCCAGUUCUAUGAGCGGGCGGCGGACCGCGGCAGCGCGGCCGCGCUCGUCAAUUUGGGGCACUGCGUGUUCGCGGGGUUUGGCGUCACCCGGGACCCCGCGCGCGCAGUCGACCUUUUCCGGCAUGCGGCCGAAUUGGGCGAGUCCGCCGGUCAGGCGAGCCUGGGUGAGUGUUACUUGAACGGGUGGGGCGUGGACCGGAACCCGGCGCUCGGGAUCCGGUUGCUCGAGUCCGCGUCCGCAAAGGGGAGCGCCGCAGCGCAGGCCGCGCUCGGGGGUUGCUACAGGGACGGGUCCGGGGUCGAGAAGAAACUAGAGCGGGCUGCGGAAUUGUACCGCCUCGCGGCCGAGCAAGGUAACGGGGAGGGGCAGGCGGGGCUCGGGUGGUGCUACUCCCGAGGCGCGGGAGUCGACUGGUGCUGCCAAACUGCGGUGGAGUGGUUUGCGCGCGCGGCCGACCAGGGGCACGCGCUGGCGCUCGCGCGUUUGGGUGAAUGCCAUGCGCGCGGGGAGGGGGUCGAGCGGGACCUCGUCAAGGCCGCCGAGCUGUACCGGGAAGCGAGCGACCGGGGCUGUGCGCGCGCGCAGGUGAAACUGGGGGACUGCUACGUGAUGGGGGUCGGGGUGGAGAGGGACGUCGAGCGGGGGGUGGCGUUUUACCAGGCGGCGGCCAGCGCGGGGGAGCCGGGCGGUGUAGCUUGCCUCGGGCUGUGUUAUUAUUACGGGGUGGGAGUCGACCGGAAUGUUGAGGAGGCGACGCGGCUGUUCCGGAUGGCGGCGGACACGCGCGAUUCGACGGCGAUUGAUUGUUUCGAUGAUGCCCGGACUGGCGUUGUGAGCGACGUCGAAUGGGCGCAACGAUUGUAUAGGCAGAUUGCGAGCAGCAGCGCGGCGCCAUUUGCCGCGGGAGUGGACUCAAACAGUCCAGAGGAAAAUACAUUUUAA